GGAAAAGAUCACCUGCCGACUACAUCAGGUGCGAAUAGAAAGCAAAACAAAACCCCAAACAAGACGGCAACAACAGGUUUCCUAUACAAGUUUCUAUUUAGGAAAUCGAAAUAUAAAACAUAAUUAUUUCAAUCGAAUGUUUGUAAUUAACUAAACGCGAAAGAAAUUUUCGAGGAACUGUGAAUCAUGUCGAUCCAUUUGAUGUGUCUUACAUCUGAUGGCGGCGUUCCAAUCUAUUCUAAGAAGAAGGGUGAUAGCGAGAAUCUGCCCUUUUCGACGAUCGCCUCCUUGAAUGGAGUGCACAUGUUCUGCAAAUCGCAGAACGUCGAUCUGUCGAUAACGUAUUUAGAGGAGGGAAUGAUCAUAUGGAAGGAAUACGACGCCACACUUAUGAUGAUCGGCAUCGCCAAGGGGAUCACGGAGAAGGUGCUGCGCAAUCUGAUGGACUUUUCCUAUUACUCGAUGGUGUUCUGCGUGGGGAUCGCCGCCAUAAAGAAGAUUAAGAAUAUCGAUCGCUUCAAGCGGGAGCUGAAAAACUGUUACACACUUAUCGACCAACUGUUGGAGGUGGUCGAAAGCGACUUCUUCCGGUAUAAUGAAGCCGUACUGUGUCCGGAGAGUAUGGCCAUGCUGGUCAAGCUGAACGAGUUCAGUGUACAAAUCGGGUCUCCGUUUUGUUCAAUUUUGGUGCGACAGAAAGUUGCGUGUGGAACUGAAGGAUGGUGGGACUUGGAUAUUGUGGAUAGGAAAUUGUUGAUGGUUCUCCUGAACGCUUCCAGCACUAUCCAGCAGGAUGUGCCGGUGUUUCUCCCGAAGAAAAGCCCUGGUAUUGCGUAUCGGUUCAUAAGUAUACCGAUUACACAAGGUGUGAGUAUUUGUGCGCUCUGCGGAGCUGAGCCUCCAUACGACAAGCUGCAAACAAUGAGUCAGCAGUUUUGGAUGAAUGAAAUCGAUCUGUUGAUUACGGCGGAGCAGAACUUCCCGAAGAACUAUCCGGCAACGGUUGAGUUGGACUCGAGCAUUUUAGGAUUUUUGCUCGUUAAUAAGGAACAUUCGAAGUAUGUUAUGUCGAGAAACGUUCACUUGACAAGCACUGGAAAGAGAACGCUCUCUGGGAAUCAUCGGUUGGAUAUUUUGCGGACCUUUUUCCACCAGUCAGUUGAUGCGAUGGAGGAUCUGUUUAGAGAUGGCGAUAAAAUUAUGAACCUGGAACAAUAUUGGUGUUCGGAUUAUCACAAAUGCCACGCGCUGCUGGACGGACCGAAUAUCCUGUGUGUGAUGUAUACUUCGGCAAUCCCUACCCAUAUCAUGAGAUUGAUAACACAAAAAACAUUGAACACACUUAUAUCGGAUAAGGAUGUAUGCUGGUAGCUGUAUGUGAUGGGAAAGGACGCGAUAUACACAUCCCCAAUUUGAGCUUUAUUUCCUGAAUUAUAUCAAACUUUGUUCCAUUUGUGGAAUGUCAUCCGGCUUUGGAGUAAUUUAUUUUGCUACCAAAAGAACAAACUA